AUGGAUGUAGAUAGGUGUCAUAGAGGAAGAGGUGCUUUGAAAGAGUCUUUUGUAUUAGGUGUUGAAGAGUUUAUAACUAAAGCUUGUGAACAAGAACGUUAUCGUAGAGAUGGGGGUCUUCGAUGUCCAUGUUUGAAGUGCGAUUGUACAAAGAUUCUGCACGGAAGAGUUGUGAAGGUUCACCUUUACAAGAACGGUUUCAAGCCUAAUUAUUUCAUUUGGGAGGAUCAUGGGGAAAGAUCUGCAGAAGAUAAUGUACAAAAUCAUCAAAGUUGGAUGGCUGUAGAGACGGAAUGUGGUCAAAUUAACCAAUUUCAAACAAUGGAAGACAUGGUGCAUGAUGCUCUUAGGCAAAAUGAGUCGUGCCAAGCAUCUACUUCUAAUAACAUUGAAGAGGCUCCGAAUGAAGAAACACAAAGGUUUUUUAAUCUUUUGUUGGAUGAAAACCAUCCGUUGUAUGGAGGAGCAUCAGACUUGAAAUUAUCAAUGUGUGUCAGACUAUUAGCUUGCAAGUCAAAUUGGAAUAUUCCUAACCAAUGCAUAGAUUUUAUUGCAAAAAUGGUUAUGGAUGCAACACCCAUCAAAUCAGGUUUGCCUAAAACAUACUACGAUGCAAAAAAGUGUGUAUCAAAGUUGGGAUUACAAUCGCAGAGGAUUGAUUGUUGCGUGGAUGGUUGCAUGCUCUUCUAUGAUAAUGAAUAUGGUAAGAAUGAUGGCGCGUUGCUUGAAUGCAAAUUUUGUGGAAAGCCAAGAUAUCAACCACGUACCACGGGAGCAACUACUACAAAACAAGUUCCUAUGAAAUCAAUGUUCUAUUUGCCAUUAAUUCCCAGACUACAAAGAAUGUAUGCCUCAACACAAACUGCAGGACAAAUGACAUGGCACUAUCAGAACAUGUCGACCAAUGGUGUUUUGCGUCAUCCAUGCGAUGGAGAGGCUUGGAAGCACUUUGAUAGAGUAUAUCCUGACUUUGAUAUCGAGCCACGCAAUGCAUCAAAUAUACCAUAUUCAUGUUGGCCAGUUAUUGUCACCCCUUAUAAUCUUCCUCCAGAAAUGUGCAUGUCUAAACCUUACAUGUUCUUGACAUGUCUCAUUCCCGGGCCAUACAAUCCAAAGGUUGGCAUAGAUAUGUACUUAGAGCCCUUGAUAGACGAAUUGAAGAAGCUGUGGACGGGUGUGAUAACAUAUGAUAUUUCAAGGAAACAAAACUUUAUUUUGAGGGCCAUGCUAAUGUGGACAAUUAAUGAUUUUCCUGCUUAUGGUAUGUUGUCCGGCUGGAACACUCAUGGUAAACUGGCAUGCCCACAUUGCAUGGAGCAUACAAAGGCUUUUAGAUUAUAUCAUGGGGCAAAAAAUUCAUGGUUUGACUCCCAUCAGAGGUUUUUACCGAAUGAUCAUGCUUUUAGGAGGAAUAGGAAUGCUUUCAAGAAGGGAGAAGUGGAGAUGGAUGAUGCACCACCAUAUCUUACGGGACCAGAAGUUUGGAAUAGAAUCAAUGGUUAUCCUAAAAUAACUGAAAAUGGUGCACCAAGAAUUGAUGGAUACGGUGAGUGGCAUAAUUGGACGGAAAAAAGCAUCUUUUGGGAUCUACCCUAUUGGAAGGAUAAUUUGUUAAGGCAUAAUCUUGACUUCAUGCACAUUGAAAAAAAUUUCUUUGACAACAUCUUUAAUACUGUGAUGAAUGUUGCGGGGAAGACAAAAGACAAUGACAAGGCCCGAAUGGAUAUAGCUUUGUACUGUAGACGAAAAGAUUUGGAGCUAAAAAGUCAUACCAAUGGAAACAUGUAUAAGCCAAAAGCAAAUUAUACACUUUCAGCAGAUCAAACAAAAGAAGUUUGUCAUUGGAUAAAAGCUCUUAGGAUGCCUGAUGGAUAUUCUUCUAACUUGUCAAGGUGUGUUGAUGUCAAUAGGGGAAAGCUCAUUGGGAUGAAAAUCCAUGACUGCCAUGUGUUUAUGGAAUGCUUACUUCCUAUAGCAUUUAGUUCUUUACCGUCUCAUGUUCUGAAUCCCAUUACAGAGAUAAGUCAUUUCUUUAGAGAUUUGUGUUCUACUACAUUGAACAAGGAUGACCUAGCGAAGAUGGAAGAAAACAUUCCUCUCAUUCUGUGCAAGAUGGAGAGAAUAUUUCCUCCCUCAUUCUUUGAUUCUAUGGAACAUCUCCCUAUCCAUCUUCCAUAUGAGGCACGACUUGGUGGACCAGUCCACUAUAGGUGGAUGUACCCAUUUGAAAGGUUCAUGGGAUAUGCUAAACGUUCAAUAAAGAAUAAAGCUAGGGUUGAAGGAUCUAUUUGCGCAUCAUACUUGCACAGAGAAACAACUCAUUUUUGUUCCCACUAUUUCAAAAACUUCAUGUUAACACCACAAAGCAGUAGAAAUGAAGUAGACAUUCAAAUAGAAAGCCUAACGACAACAUUAUCAGUGUUUGACCAACCUAGCCGUCAUUCUGGGAGGGAAUCAACACAUUGGUUAAGUGAUGAAGAAUUGAGAUCAGCUCAUGUUCAUGGCAAGAAGACAAUAAAUAGUGGGGUUCAUGUUAAAGGGCUAACAGAAGGAGGUCAAGAUGAUUUCUAUGGUGUCAUUAAACACAUUUAUGAGUUGGAAUACAAUUCAACAACCACAGAAAAGAAAAUUGUAUUAUUUUAUUGUGAUUGGUUUGAUCCAUCGAGAGUAGGUACAAGGGUGGAUUCAAAGUAUGGGAUUGUGGAUAUUCGAAUGGAUAAAAGAUAUGUGUUGUUUGAUCCUUUUAUAAUUGCACAUAAUGUACAACAAGUGUAUUAUGUACCAUAUCCUACAUCACGCACGGACAAACGAGUUGAAGAAGUAGUCCGAUUACAAGAUGUACAAGCUGGUCUUGAAGAAGUGAACCCUAACAAUAUUUCAUCAUUUCAAGGGCAGAUAGAUGAAGAUACAACGGAAUCAGAAGAAUCCAAUGCAGAGGGACAGGGUGAAGAUGACAAUGAAGAUGAAUUUCGUAGUUCUAGCACUGAAUAG